GGGGCGCUGUGUAUAAAAGGUGACACCAGCACACAGUUUGUUACUGAACGACGACUGGAGUGAAGCGGCGUUAUGUCUGGCAGAGGGAAAGGAGGCAAAGGACUCGGCAAGGGCGGAGCCAAGCGGCACCGUAAAGUGCUCCGGGACAACAUCCAGGGCAUCACCAAACCGGCCAUCCGUCGUCUGGCUCGGCGUGGCGGCGUCAAGCGGAUCUCGGGUCUGAUCUACGAGGAGACCCGUGGGGUGCUGAAGGUUUUCCUGGAGAACGUGAUCCGGGAUGCGGUCACCUACACCGAGCACGCUAAGCGCAAGACUGUCACUGCCAUGGAUGUGGUGUACGCUCUGAAACGCCAGGGCCGCACUCUCUAUGGCUUCGGCGGUUGAGGAACUCUUCGUUCUUCCAAACACAAAACAAAGGCUCUUCUAAGAGCCGCCCACCGCCUCACGGAGAGAGCAGUGACUGGGGAGAGCAGGUCCCAUACCAUUGACCUGAAAUGUUAACUCUUAUGCGAUUAAGUUUAAAACAAAGGGACGAAAUUAUCAGGUGAUUACUGACAAUUACACUACGGGAUUGAAAUCACUCCGAACACAGAAUGAACGGUAUCGGGUUAUGAAGAGCGCCGAUGUUAAAUUAAGGGUCUGGCGAUUAAUAUCCAAUCUCUUAUAGUAAACGCAAUAACCCAAUCAGAGAGCGGCAAGAGAAGCGCCGGAAGUACCUCUGUUCCCCGGAUGACCUGAAAUUUGAAAAGCUCACGAAAAGGUUGUUUAUUGAACCUUAGUCUACAAAAAUAUGCAUUGAUCCAUUAAUUAGCUUAAGAUUUAUUUUACAGUAACAGCCUAAGUAUUAUUUAUCUCAGCAGUUUGAAUGUUUCUAGUCAUUUAGUUUCCAAACGCCGAUCCAGUUUAUAUUCGCGGUCGGCUGCUGUAUAAACGUCACUGGUCUUUCUCAAACUGCGGUCUCAGGCGAGUUUGCAACGUGAAAAAAAAAGUUGUUCUCUGAAAGAACGGGAAUUCCAGUGUCUGCAGACUGAUGUGUCCCCGUGACCCGAUUAUGGUCUCGACUAGAAAUGGGACUCGAAGGCUACAUUUAUUAAAGCCUAUUCCCCGUAACAGUAACAACCACAAAACCCUGGAAACCUUCCCCAAAAACAACCUGCUGUACACGGCAGGGGUUUGGGGACAGAGACACCCUGACGGUGAGGGAGAAGUUUAUCUCUGGUGUUCGCGCUGCCGUUAAUCCAACGGCACAGAACUGCUGAUUCUGUGUUGGUGGGUCCGGCCGUGUUGGAGUCUGCAACAAACCGGGAUGAAUUAUUGAACAAUAUUACACAAAACCCACAGGGGAAGGUCAGAGGAAAUCGGCGUGUCGGUAACACAAAAGGUGAAUGAAUAGGAAAUGACAGCCCUUUCCACUGCUGAGUUAGUGGCUCUUAAAAGAGCCUUUUGUUGUGCUUGGUGCCGAGGCCGGAUU